UUUUCAAACAACUAUUAAAUCAAAAUAACUAACAAUCACUGAAAACAACUAUAGUUGAGUUAAUUAUGCGGCACAGUGAAUCGCUUCGAAUCAUUUUGAUCGCGAACUUUUUUCCAACAUGGCGUCUGAUAAUGAUAGUCUCGUGGAAGAAGUAUUUGAAGUGGAAGUUUUGUUAGAUCAAGAUCUCCUUAAUUUGUUGAAAUCGUUCGAUCUGUCUAAUCUGGCCAUUGAUCAAUUCAUCACAAACGGCUACGACGUUGCUUCCUUGAAAAUAAUUGAGCGAGAGGAAAUCGAAGCCCUACUCUCGCAGCCUUUGCUGGCGGAUAGAACGAAAUCCAUUAAUGGACUGAACAAAUGGCGAUUGUCGCAGGGGUUGCAACCGGUAACGCGGCCGCUGAAAGAAAAUAACGCAAGUGAUGUUUCGCCUAAGAACGCGUCUUCAUUAAGGAAUCCCUUGAAUGCUUGUUCGAGAAAUGAAUGGACGUCUGAAAAGUUAAUCUGCCGAUCGAAAAAAGGAAUCGAAAUAUUGGAGAAGUUUAAAACCACCAACAUUUUGUCCAAGAGGGACAGAGUUUUCAUCACACACCUUAUUGUCGACGAAUUUGUUAUUGAAUUCGGCAAACUGACCCGAGAAGAGCUCUCGAGAAGAUCUGCGGAGCUAUCAGUUCUUUUCCCGACAAUUGACCAACCUAUCUGGUAUCAACCCUCAAUUCACCGUGACGCAAAUGACAACAAAGUAAAAUUGGGACGUGCUGCGAAAAGAUGUUUAUACAAUCGCGACAACAACUGUCUUAACGGUAAUAACACGGUGAAAAAGCUCACGAAAACCUCGCCGUCGUGCUCCGUUCAUCAGGAAAAUUCGUCUGUGCCACUCGGAGAAAGCAUCACUGAAGCAGCAGUUACUGCGUACGAGGAAACAACAUGUGAUGGUUACCAGCUUGUUAAAAUAGACUUCUGCCAGAAAUAUCCUGCAAAAUCGGAUCUACUAUUUAAUCGUUUCCUGGAUUUCCGCACCCGUGCACAAGUGGUUUUCUGUAGCGAAGCGUCACCGCAGUGCAAACCGCUGUGUGAUUUCCUACAGGAAAAUUUAACUGAUGAUUCACGUGAUUGCAUAACAACGCUGCUUAUCUUCUACAUCUGGCCAAGUACAUUCAUGCGCCUUCCAAACGGAACAAAGUGGAAGCCAUCCCACCGGGAAGUGGCUGAAAGUUCCAUAAUCUUCCUGAAAUCUUUAAUCGACUUUGAGACGGAACUGUCACGGCUCAGCAAUCAGAACAGGAAAAGAGGUUUGCCCGACUAUCCCGUUAUUGUCGUAGUCGGGGAGGGAAUCACGAGUGUUGGCCAAUUCUUCGUAUGUUUCAAAGAUAUCGCGUAUAAAGCUGAGACCUUUUUAAAAGCUGUGGACAUAACCUUUAAGAUCUACACUGCUUAUGGAAUAACGUUCCCACCAGAGGCAACAGGGCCUUGGCAGUUUAUUGCAAGCUAUUUAUACGACUUUGAAAUACCUGACGACUGCCAUAGAGCCAGGAUCCUCACACUCACAUCAACCCUUCGUAAUCACCUCACUCCAGCUUUGGCUUCAACAUGAUCACAUGUUUCAUUCCCGGCUGCAGCUGGAAGGCAACGUGCCCAGCACUUUAUAGCUUGCACCUACGACGACUGCAUGAGCCGAUCGAUGUUUAUACGUGUUCGGAGCAUAACUGUGGAAGAAGAUUCAAUGUGAGAUGUUCUUAUAUUAAUCACAUUAAAAAACAUAUGAGAAAUAACGUUGAGAGUAGAAAGCAUAGAGAACAUAGGAUCACUGUAGGUGAAUUGAAUCCAAUAGAAUUUGAAACAGAUAAUACUAAUGAUACUAUAAGUACAAUAGAAGUCGUCGAACAAGAAGAGAAAGAUGAUCAAAAUGAACCGAGAGAACUAAUAUGCAUUGAAAAGCUAUC